UAAGUAGUUGUAGAAAUCACCAUGAAUGCAUAUCAUCAACACCCUAUCCAUAUUCUGCUCCAUACCAUUCAAUCACUAGCAAAAUGACAUCGCAAGCCACAAAGAUUCUCCUCAUUGGCGGUGGUGCACUGGGAUCUGCCUUCAUACCCUACUUGUCCAAGAUCCCCAACUCAACCCUCACAUUGGGUGUUCGGAACCCUUCUGCCUAUGCCAGCAUUGCCGGGCCAGGAGUAACACUACAAGCCCUUGAUACAAAAAGUCCCCCUGAAGAUCUCGUCCCAAUCUACGCUGACUUCGACAUCAUCAUCUCGGCCGCUGGCUUCGGCCCCGGUCCUGAUGGUGUGACCCAGCUCGUACGGGAUGUACUCCAAGCUGGAAAGAUACGCCAGGCAUCCGGGAAAUCAAAACUAUGGUUUUUCCCCUGGCAGUGGGGGGUCGACUACGAUAUUGCUGGCGAUCUUGACGGUGCACAUACUACAUUCAAGGCACAAGUAGAGGUUCGGAGAAUUCUGAGAGCGGGCGCGGAUGCAUCCCACGUUAAGUGGACGAUUGUAUCCACCGGCAUUUUCUUAGGCGUCUUAUUUGAUCCGGGCUUUGGAACGUUUGAGAAACGAGACACUGGCAUCAAGAUCCGAGCGCUCAAUGAUUGGGACCACAAAGUCACUGUUACUCAUACCGAAGACAUUGGCAAGAUAUUGCCGCCCAUUCUGGCGGGACAAUGUGACGCUGAGAACAAAGUCCUUUACAUUGCUGGCGAUACCAUCAGCUACAGGCAGUUUGCGGAUAUCGUCGAACGUGUCACAGGCAAGCAAGUAGAGCGAGAAGCAUGGUCGAUUCCACAUUUGCAACAAGAGAUGGAAAAAGACCCCGACGACAUGAACAAGCAGUAUCGCCGCGUAUUCGCAGGACCUGGCGUUUGGUGGGACAAAGAACUCACUCUAGAUAAGAGACUUGGAGUUCAACUCAGGGAUGCGGAGACAUGUGUAAAGGAGCUACUAUGA